UCAAUAGCCUUUCCCUCAGACCUUUCAUCAAUGGCCGCUCUAACACCUCUGUUUUUCCUCACCCUCCUCUGCUUCUUCACCUGCAACAGUGCCCACCCUUUCCACCGCCAUCCCCGUACUGCCCAUCAUAACUAUAGAGACGCCCUUACCAAAUCCAUCCUCUUCUUUGAAGGCCAAAGGUCCGGCAGGCUUCCCUCUAACCAGAGGAUGACGUGGCGCCGGAACUCUGGCCUCUCCGACGGCGCCGCCAUGAAGGUUGAUUUGGUCGGCGGCUACUACGACGCCGGCGACAAUGUGAAGUUUGGGUUUCCUAUGGCUUUCACGACCACCAUGCUUUCGUGGAGUGUUCUUGAAUUUGGUGGGUUGAUGAAGGGGGAGCUUCAGAAUGCUAAACAAGCCGUUCGUUGGGCUACUGAUUAUCUCCUCAAGGCCACCGUUCAUCCCGACACUAUUUAUGUUCAGGUUGGCGAUGCUAACAAGGAUCAUGCCUGUUGGGAGAGGCCUGAGGACAUGGACACUCCCCGGAGUGUUUUCAAGGUGGAUAAGAACAACCCAGGAACAGAGGUCGCCGCCGAGACCGCCGCUGCACUCGCCGCCGCAUCACUGGUUUUCCGUCGAAGUGAUCCUAUUUACUCAAAGAUUCUUGUCAGAAGAGCCAUGAGAGUUUUUGAGUUUGCUGAUAAGUAUAGAGGGUCUUACAGCACUGGCUUGAAGAAAUAUGUAUGCCCAUUUUACUGCUCUUACUCUGGAUAUCAGGAUGAGCUUCUGUGGGGUGCUGCUUGGCUUCAGAGAGCCACCAAAAACCCCAAAUACCUCAACUACAUUCAAGUUAAUGGACAGACCCUUGGCGCCGGUGAGUUCGACAACACGUUCGGUUGGGAUAACAAGCACGUCGGUGCCAGAAUCCUUCUCUCCAAGGCGUUUCUGGUGCAAAAAAUGAAGUCUCUUCAUGAUUACAAGGGCCAUGCUGAUAAUUUCAUAUGCUCCCUGAUUCCUGGAGCUUCUUUCUCCUCGACCAAAUACACCCCAGGAGGGUUGCUGUUCAAAAUGAGCGACAGUAACAUGCAGUAUGUAACAUCCACUUCAUUCCUGCUAUUAACAUACGCCAAAUACUUGACCUCCGCCCACAUGGUGGCGAACUGCGGCGGCGCCACCAUCACCCCCAAAACCCUCCGCUCCAUCGCCAAAAAACAGGUGGACUAUCUUCUUGGGGACAACCCUUUAAAGAUGUCCUACAUGGUGGGUUAUGGGGGAAGGUACCCUAAAAGGAUCCAUCACCGGGGAUCAUCGCUACCGUCCAUUCAAGCUCAUCCGGCGAAGAUCCAAUGCUCAGCAGGGUUUAGUGUGAUGAACUCUGCAGCACCCAAUCCAAACCUGCUGAUUGGUGCAGUGGUAGGUGGGCCCGAUCAGAACGACAGGUUCCCAGAUCAAAGGUCGGAUUACGAGCAGUCCGAGCCUGCCACGUAUACCAAUGCACCCCUUGUAGGGUCACUUGCUUACCUGGCUCACUCCUUCGGCCAGCUCUAGGGAGGGGGAGAGGACACUUUCCCUCCAAAUGGAGGGUUACCCCGUCGGGCCUUUUUUUAAAAAAGUUUUAAUUUUUAAAGAAAAACGUGAGGGCACAUGGCCUAAAGGGAAAGGCUCGAGCCCCUACAUUAUUAUUGACUUUGGAUUGGUAGAUUUCAAUGUUUUUUUUUUUUU